UUUUUUUUUUAUUUCUUCCAACUUCUCCACUAAACACAACAUGGAAAAUCUACUUGAAUCUCAACGACUUGCUCACGAAGUUAUCGAACGUUUAGAAGAAGCUUGUGUUCAACAAUUCUUGACUGAUACCAAAACCUAUAGAGGACGACUUCGAAACGAACAUAUUAUUGACAAGUACUUGAAUCGAUUAGGCAAACAAAGUGAAAAAUUGAUUGAACUAUAUGAAGACAAAGAUGGGAAACGUCAAAAAGAAAUCGACUUUAUUAGCAAGCCAUCAAUCAACUUGGAUGAAUUCUAUCAACAAUUAGAUCAAAUCAAGGACCAUCACCAAAAAUACCCCAAUGAAGCUAUUGAGGCACCCGAAUUUGAAUUCAUUCGCACUACGGAUCAGGAUGAAGAAAUGGAAGACGAAGAAGAAGAUGUUUUGGAGACCCUGUUUUCUGGUGAAGAGAAUGUUGGACGUUAUUUGGAUCUCAAUGCAUUACAUGGGGAAUAUCUCAAUUUGAAAGGUGUUGACAGAUUGGAUUACAUUCCUUAUUUGGAUCAAGUGGAUAAAUUCAAUGAUUCAAAAGUGUACCCACCAACACAAAAGAGUAGCAACCAAUACAGAACUUACUUGGAUCAUUUACAUAACUAUUUACACAGCUUUUUCCGACGAGCAAAACCACUUGAAGAUGUAUCAGCACUCGAAAACCAAGCCAAGAUUGAUUUUGAAAAGGAAUGGAAUACAAACGGAGGCAAUGAUCAUAACAUGACCAAUAAUGACGAACUAUUCUGUCGGGCUUGUCAGAAAUCAUUCACCAAACAGACAGUAUAUGAUGCACAUCUCAAAGGGAAAAAACAUAUCAAAGCAGCGGCCAAGUUGGAAGAAGAAGAAAACAACAACAGUAACAACAACAACGACAAUAAUACUAAUAAUAAUAAUAAUGAUUCGGAUGCAACGGAAAAGAUAAAGAUGGAUAGACGAAAAGCAACUGCAUUACAAGAAGCUUUGAUUGUAGCCUAUAUGAAGGUGUUAGAUAAUGUUAGAAUAGAAACAAAAGCUAAUGUGGAACGAAAACAAGCUUUGACAGAUCGAGAACGAACAAUGGAACAAGAACAAGAAGAUAUUGAAAUACAAGAUGAAUCUGAUGAAGAUGAAGAUGAAGAUCGAAUUUAUAAUCCUCUCAAAUUACCAUUAGGUUGGGAUGGUAAGCCUAUUCCAUAUUGGUUAUACAAGUUACAUGGUCUUGGUGUAGAAUAUCCUUGUGAAAUCUGUGGCAAUUAUGUAUACAUGGGACGAAAAGCCUUUGAUAAACACUUUCAAGAAUGGCGUCAUGCUCAUGGGAUGCGAUGCCUUGGAUUACCGAAUAGUCGACAAUUUCAUGAAAUUACAAAAAUCAGUGAUGCUUAUGCUUUGAAUGAGAAACUCAAGAAAGAAGCCAUCAAGGCAGAUGUCAAGCCAGAAAACAUGGAAGAAUAUGAAGAUGAUGAAGGAAAUGUAUUCAACAAAAAGACAUAUGAAGAUCUGAAACGCCAGGGAAUCAUUUAGACUAGGAUAGAUUGUUGUUUAGUUUUUGUUUUUUUCUUGAAUAAACAGGCAUUAAAAUGG